CACGUUCGCGCCAGACACGCCAAACGCACGCGCACGAAGUGAGAUCAAAACAAAAGUGACACAACUGGAUAUUCGAUAAAGGCGAGUGCGAACUGUAGUGGACUCAGUUCAGCUCCCGACCAGUUCAGAGUGCGUGAAGCGAAAUGGCGAAGAACCAGUCCGUGUGCAUAUUCGCAAUCGCUUUGUUCGGUUUCACAUUAAGAAGCAAGGGAGUCGUGGGUGUUGACACAACAACGCUGGCCAGCCUCGGCAAGGAGGUGGAGGACAAUAGCCGGUACAAAACACUGGAGGCCAACGCGACUCUCCUGAAGCUGCUGGUGGACGACAAAGAUGGCGUCAGCAGGACAGAAGUGUUCGACAUGUUGCAUUCGCGGGACGACAUCCAGGAGCAUGUUGAUCUGCCCAGCUUCCCGGAGGACUCCGAGGAUGAACGGCUGGCCGUGCCCGACCCACCUGACUCGCAAGCGGAAUUCUUACAAGUAGAGACAAGUAUCAGCAAAGAUUCUUAUAUUCGGUACAGAGGCGCGCGCGGCGAGCCAUUCGGCGUAGCCGCUGGGAUCAUGGUCGUCAUCACCUGCACCAUAGUCUGUCUCGCUUACAUUGCACUCAUUGUAUGGCGCAGGAUAUACUUAAAGAGGAAUGGUUUAAAACAUGAGUUAUUGAGAAAUGAAGAAAAUAUAGCGGAAACUCAAAUAGAGUUGUGAAGGAUGCACCAGAUCAAUUGAUACCAAUCACUGAUAAUGCCGGCUAAUACCUUCGCUUAUUCUUGUCUACUGUUUUUGGUAUCAAUAAUUUGGAAUCAAAG